AUGGACAAGUGGAUACCGCACAAACUCACGGAGCGACAUAAGCUGAAUCGGUUGAACGUGUGCUCAUCGUUGCUAACCCGAUUAAAUCGAGAGCCAUUCUUGGAUCGAAUUAUUACGUGUGAUGAAAAAUGGGUUCUUUACGAUAAUAGGAAGAGGUGUGCACGAUGGCUGAACAAGGAUGAAGCUUGUGCUUAUACUGCAAGACCAUCACUUCAUCCACGAAAAAUUUUGAUUACGGUUUGGUGGAAUGUCACUGGGGUAAUUCAUUACUCAUUCCUUCGUACUGGGGAGACAAUUACAGCUGACAAGUAUUGCCAGUACAUUGACGAAAUGCACGAGAAAUUAAAAAUUUUACGCCCGUCACUUAUUAAUCGGCAUGGGCCGAUACUUCUCCACUACAACGCUCGGCCGCAUACAUCGUACAAAACGAUUCAGAAAUUAAAUGAAUUAAAAUAUGAAAUUUUGCAACACCCACCUUAUUCGCCAGAUCUUUCGCCCACUGAUUUUCAUUUUUUUAAACAUUUAGAACAGUUUGUACGGGGCAAAAGAUAUGAAACUGAAGACAAUCUAAAAAAUUCUGUAUCAGAAUUUAUCCAAUGUAAAGAUCAGAAUUUCUUUAAGACAGGCAUUUAUGCAUUAAAAUCUCGUUGGGAAAAGUGUAUUGAAGCCAAUGGCACAUAUUUUGAUUUAAUAAACAAUUUUUAA